AUGGCACGCUAUGACGAUGAUCGUUUACCCGAUGGUAUAUCCCUCGAUGGAUACGAUGCCGAUACGAAUGAGUAUUUCGGCAAGCAUAAGGACGGUAGCAUCUGGGUCAGUCCUCCCGGAACCAAGUAUGGUACUUGGCGACGUAUUUCUGGUCCUACCAGAAAGGUUCCAGAAGAGCCCAUAAGACGGCCUCAAACCGGCCUUAGUCGCAACACUGCGGAUCGAUUGUCGGAUAUAGUAGGAGAUGAUGGUAAAUUACUCGUUCCAGAACAGGCGGAGUUGAAUAAGUCGAAGAAGAGUGGCCUCGAUAAGUUGACGAGUGCCGUGAAGAACGGAUUGCAGAGGGUAUCUUCCUUAAAGGACAGUGUGAAAAGGACUCCAUCUAAGGACUCCAAGUCAGGGCACCCCCCGAAGCCCGAAAAGAUGUGUUAUCACAAGGUCUACUACUACGAGAGCUGCGGCCACUGCGCCUCUGGUGGCAGAUAUAUCUGUGAUGAAUCCAAGAAGAACCCGAAGGCCAAGAUUCCCUGCAAGCGAACAACCUGGGAAGACGUGUUCAUGGGCAACAAGCCUGGAAAGUGCGACGAGUGCGUGAGCAAGAUCCCAUCGCCCCCGGAGACACGUCCAGCCACACCUGCGUUUUAA